AUGAUGAAAAGCUUUCACAACAAAGAUUAUAGCAAAUAGCACGAUGAAAGUAUAGAUAGAGAUAAUGGGAAGGAUCAGGAUGAUAAUGAAGGCAAUUAUGAUUCAGCAAGAUCACAUAAUGAAGGAGUUCCAAGCGGAGUGAAUUCACUAAAUGCUUCUAAACUUGAUGAGGACUAGACUGAUGAUAUUUACAGUUAUUAGGUAAAGACAAGGAGAUUUGCUGUAUUAAUUAUAAUACUUGGUUUGCUAAUCAUGCUCUUGGGUUACUCAGCUUUGAGCUAUGAUUUGGUUGAAAUGAGGAAGGCAAGAGAUACUGGCAAGUAUGAGUUUACCAUUAAAUCAGAUAAAAGGGAUCCAAAUAAAGAGUCUAAUUAGGAAGAAGAUUAGGGAUUGAGGUUUGAGCUCAAUAAAUACACAUUCUUCCUCUUAGCUGGAGUUUCGAUAUUAAUGGAUACAAUGACUUUUGUAGAGGGUAUAUUGGUCUUAUUUAUAUCAAUUAAGGCUGUAGUAAGCAUCUAGAAAUUGAUUAGUAAUGGCCACAAUAUUUUUAAGCCUGAUUAAGGAAAGACAAGAAAUAUCUUUGACGUCAUUAUACUAAUGGUGAUUAUUCAAUUGACAAGUAGCAUUGUGUAAUCAGGUGUAUUAUUUUACGUACUUCAUAAAGCUACUAAUUAAUUCGAAAGAUAGUAUGGGAGUAAUGAUUCAAUUUAAGUUUAAGAAGAGGAAAGGUCAAUAUAGAAUUUCUAAAACAUCAUGGUUACAAGAAGCGCAAUCACCAUUAUAUUCUUUUCGUUAGGUUGCUUCUUAAAUUUGAUUGUUCUUCGAUAGUUCAGAAAUUAUUAGAAGAGAUAUGAGGAUAUGAUAUUAGAGAGACUUGAUGAAACAUACAGAUUGGGUUAGAGCCAAAAACCAACAGCUAUUGUUGUUCAUGAAUGA